AGCUCCGGAGCAGCAGCAGGCGGCUCGCGCUGCUCUGCUCUUCCCCUGGUUACGACACCUUAGUGUAAACAGACAUGGCUUCCCUGCGCAGGCUUGUACAGUCACUCGCGAACAGCUCCAGAACAACAGGGACGUGGACACAAACGACAACCCCGAAGGCGACAAAAGCGCUGAAAGUUAUCGCGGCUGGAGCGUGCGUCGCGGCGGCGGGGGUCGGUGCUGCGUAUUACUGCUACCCGGCUGUCGGUAGGCGCACCGGAUUGAAGAGCCAUGUCGAGGCUCGACUCUUUCAUCUGGCGUUGCCAUCAGUUUCUGCCACCGAUAAGGCCAGGACCUAUGAUCUGGAUGAUGGAGACGUGUACAUGUCGUCCUUUGAAAACAGAUUUCGCCUGUUCAGUUCGGUGGAGUACGAGGGCCAGCUCUACAUGACUCCGCUCAACUUCAUCGAGUCCAUCACACUGAAUGAACCCAAGAGUAGGAGAGUGUGGAAGUCCCUCACAAAAAAGGAAUUAGACAAGAUGCUGGCUGACACCCCGCCUGUUUGGAAAGGAUCAUCUAAUUUGUUUAGAAACCUUCGCGAACGAGGUGUCAUCAGUUACACUGAGUAUCUCUUCCUGCUCUGCAUUUUAACAAAGCCCCAUGCAGGCUUCAGGAUUGCUUUCAACAUGUUUGAUGCAGAUGGGAAUGAAAUGGUGGACAAAAGGGAGUUCUUGGUGCUGGAGGAAAUUUUCCGUAAGAAAAAGGACAGAAAGGAAGUUGCUGAAGACGUGCAAAGAUUGGACCAGCAGAGCCUGCAGCUGUACGGGCAUCACAAACCCCCGCCACACAGUCAUGUGGAUGAGAAAACAGAGACAACGCUGCUGGUGCAUUUCUUUGGGAAAAAAGGCAAAGCCGAGUUGAAAUUUGAAGAUUUUUACGAGUUCAUGGACAACCUGCAGACAGAGGUGCUUGAGAUAGAGUUCCUCUCCUACUCCAAAGGCCUGCCCACCAUCAGCGAGGAAGACUUUGCUCGCAUCCUCCUUCGCUACACCAAUGUGGACGACGUCAGCGGGUAUUUGGAGAACGUGCGCCACAGCAUUCCAGAUGAAAAGGGAAUCACCUUUGAGGAGUUCAGGUCCUUCUUCCAGUUCUUAAACAACCUGGAGGAUUUUGCCAUCGCCAUGCAAAUGUACAACUUCGCCAACCGCUCCAUUGGUCAAGAGGAGUUUACCCGCGCGGUCUACGUGGCUACAGCCAUCAAGCUGACCCGCCACUUGGUCAACACGGUGUUCAAGAUCUUCGACGAGGAUCGCGACGAUAAACUCAGCCACAAGGAGUUCAUUGGCGUCAUGAAGGACCGGCUGCAGCGCGGUGGCAGGGGUGUCAGAGUGGAGGAGAAGUUCACCUCUUUUAAGACGUGCAUGAAGAAGGAGCUCUCAUUCAAAUAGGUAAAAAAAUCUCAUCAUCCAUCAUCGGUGCAUGUCUUACAGUCGGGAUGAGCUUUGCCUCCUUUGUGCUUUCUACUAGGACAGAAUGGUUAUAUCUUAUUGCAUAAUUGUAGAAGUUUUAAAAAUAAACAGGAUGUUGCACAAACAGGAUGUGGUCAGAUUAAUGGGAAGUUGU